CUUCGCACAAACCCGGAGGUAACAGCAGGGAAUCAUCUCAACAAACACGUCAUGAACGCUAGCCGAGCUUCUUCCAGAAGUUUCUUUCCUGCCGCUGGCUGGCUGCCUGCCUCGGCGCCCCCACCGAUAGCCCCGGGACGUCGAGUCACCGUUGACCCCGCUCGACUCGCCGGUCUGACGUCUGCUCGUUCAAUGUGGGUGACACUUGAGUCCUCGUCUUUGGCGUGAAGCGGAAAGCUAAUUUACCUGAAGCUAGCCAAUAAGCUAGCGCCGUUUAACCGCAUGCGGUAGUUGGCAGCCGCUCCACCUGGAAUGUCGUUUUUUCCCGAGACGUGGGUGAAGAAGUGAGCGGCCGUUGUGAUGGGGAAAGACUACUACAAGGUGCUGGGAAUAGCCAAGGGCGCGUCGGAAGACGAAAUCAAGAAGGCGUACAGGAAGCAGGCCCUCCGCUACCACCCCGACAAGAACAAGUCCGCCGGUGCCGAGGACAAAUUUAAGGCGAUAGCGGAAGCCUACGACGUCCUCAGCGACGCCAAGAAGAAAGACAUUUACGACCGAUAUGGCGAAGAAGGCUUGAAGGGUUCAGCCGGCGGCGGCAGCGGAGCCCGCAGCGGCGGAGCGUACAACUACACCUUCCACGGCGACCCCCACGCCAUGUUCGCCGAGUUCUUCGGCGGACGCGGCCCCUUCGACCACUUUUUCUCGCAGAACGGCGGCGACGACUGCGUGGACGGCGCCGACCCCUUCGCCACCUUCGGGAUGGGCGACAUGGGCGGCUUCCACCGGCCGUUCAAGUCCCACCUGGGCGGUCCCCGAUUCGGCCGCGAGAGGCAGAAGGACCCGCCCGUGGUCCAUGAGCUGAAGGUGAGCCUGGAGGAGGUCUUCGCCGGCUGCACCAAGAAGAUGAAGAUCUCUCGUAAGAGACUGAACCCUGACGGCCAAACCACGCGCAGCGAGGAUAAGAUUUUGUCCGUGGACAUCAAGCGUGGCUGGAAAGAGGGAACCAAGAUCACCUUCCCCCGCGAGGGCGACGAGACCCCCACUAACAUUCCUGCCGACGUGGUGUUUGUGGUUAAAGACAAGCCUCACCCCGUGUUCAGGAGGGAGGGCUCCGAUAUUAUUUACCCUGCCAAAAUAUCACUCAGAGACGCUCUGUGCGGGUGCACGGUCAGCGCGCCGACGCUGGACGGCCGCACCGUCACGGUGACGUCCCGGGACGUGUUGAAGCCGGGCACCAAGAAGCGCAUCGCGGGCGAGGGCCUGCCGCUGUCCAAGAGGCCCGACAAGCGGGGCGACAUGAUCCUGGACUUCUGCGUCAAGUUCCCCGACAAGCUGGGCCAGAACACGCGCGACGCGCUCAGGCAGGUCCUCCCGCCGUGAUGCGGGCCGCCACGCACGGAAGGAACUCUUGUUCAACCCCAUGCCACGCCACGCCGCUCUUCAGGGUGCUGUUAUUUGGGUUUACUUUGAAACCUGGUCUUGAAACGACUCAGGGAUGCUUUGCAUUGACUUCAGUUUGCUUGCUGAAGGCAAACUUCUCCAAAAUUAUCUUAAAACUAAGACCAGAGUAGUGACUUUAGUAUUUAUCCUCUUUCUAAGACAACACUUUAUUUGGGAGUGAACAAACACUGUCUGAGUUUGGAACCUUUUAGCUCUUUCGUUUCUUUUACUAGCACACACUAACACUUAACAGUCUGCUGAUUGAAAAUCAAUAAUGGAGCUUGGACACUAUGGAGGAGUGAGGCUGCCCUUACAACCAAAAGGAGAAAGGAGAAAAUUGUAAUAUUUCCAAGACUAUAUUUUAUACAACUUGGAAACUUACAAACUUUUUUUUUUUUUUUUUUUGAUGAACAAAUACGUAAAAUUACAGUAAGUCAAAAAUAUUACAAGUUAAUAAGAAAAGUCAAUUUUAAAAAUAUAUUGAUGAAAACUCGUUUUUCUCCAUGGGUGGAGAUUACACAAACACAUCUUUAAAAUUUAUUUUAUGAGGGAAAACAGGUAAAAUAUUAGUAAAAUAAUUGCAGUCAUAAUAUCACCCAAAAAUAGUUUUUUUUUAAUUUAUAAUUGAUGAGAAAAAUGCAUACUUUUAAAGUUUUUAAGUCAAACUGCAUAAAGCAUAACUAUUGAAUUGAUAUGAAGCGAUAUUGGUUAUUCUGACAUUCGUGCAUUGAAACGACAAAUUUAUUCUCGUAAUACUGUGACGUUUUGGCUCAAAAGAAGUCACAUUUGAUAUUCAAUGUAUGACAUUUGACUUGUAAUUUUUACAAUUUUUUUUUUAUUUUUUUUUAUCCCCCCCCCUUCAGUGGUGCUUUUACACUCCAAUGUGGGAAACACCUGAACAGUGUUUCAAGGCGCACCGACUCCCUUCACCCGUUCUCAUUUCAUAAUAUAUUUCGUUCACUGCCAUUGACUGCUGUUGAAUUCCAAUAUCCAUGUUAACGUGGAGGACUGGCAGUGUGUGAAGCGCCCAUGUGGCGUUCAAGUGACGCGGGCGGUUUUUCGGUUCCACUUCCUAAGGUUCGAGCUCCCUUUUAAUGAACAAUACCUCCGAUGUCGCACUGUGAGCUCCGUUUCACCGUCGCUGACCUCGUGGACUGUGUUUACUAUGCCACUUACCUCAUUCGUUAGUCGCACAAUAAACAACGGCAGUGAAGUAGCAUUCAAAUACACUUAUGUAUUAGCUGGGGAAAAUCUGAAUUAUUUUAAUUUAUGUGCCAAAUGAUUGUCAUGUGGGCGUCGUGUGUGGAUGUUGAAGGCAAGUUGAAAAUAUUUUUAAUAUAUUGCAUUAUCGUAAUAGCGCUUGUUUGACUUUUGGUCACUUUUAAGGAGAAAGACGACAUCUUUCUCCCCGAUGUAACACAACUGUGUAGAGAUGUCUAGUUUCUUCUGAUGACUUCCUUUUUUUGCAUCUACAUCACGCAGAGUGGAUAUAAAAAGUCUACAAAC